CGUAAUUGAUUUGAAACAACAAUUGGUUUGUUUUUAGUCAACGAAAGGCUGAAUCACUUUAACGAAUAGUUUUGAAGUGUUGUUGUCGUCACUGAUAUUAUCCAUAAUAUUUGACCACAAGUUAUACCACAAGUUAUACCACAAGAUAUGUCUGAAAUUAAGCAAUGGUUUCUCGGUUUACCACAAUUUACUCGAUAUUGGUUCGGCCUUUCGGUGGUCUUUCCAUUGGCCGGUCGUAUCGGUCUUUUGAGUCCAUAUCACAUGAUUUUGACGACAGAUUUGAUUAAUAAGUUUCAAUUAUGGAGACCAUUGACAGCCCUAUUCUUCUAUCCGAUGAAAUUUCAUUAUCUCAUUAAUUUGUAUUUCUUGUACAGCUAUUCCAUUAGAUUAGAGAAUGAGCAAUUCAAUGGACGUCCGGCUGAUUACUUGUUUCUUCUGAUAUUCAAUUGGUUCUCAAUUGUCAUCAUAUCACUAGCCAUGAAUGUUAUGCUUCUUAUGGAUCCAAUGGUUUUGAGUGUCCUUUAUAUUUGGUGUAAUCUAAACAAAGACAUUAUCGUCAACUUCUGGUUCGGCACUCAAUUCAAAGCCUUAUACUUGCCGUGGGUUUUGUUGGGCUUUAAUAUAAUUAUGGGCGGAGGUGGCGUGGAUGAGAUUAUUGGUAUCAUUGUUGGCCAUCUGUACUACUUUAUAAUGUAUAGAUAUCCUGAAGAACAUGGCGGCCAAUCGCUCCUUCAGACGCCAUCAAUUUUAUAUAAUUAUUUUCCUUCAACUCCUGGCAGGGGAUCAGUUUACGGAGGCUUUCAAUAUCAACCGCCACCUCAACGAUCUAAUGACCAAAACAAUCAAAGAGGUAGUGGACGUCAUAAUUGGGGAUCGGGUAAUGUGUUGGGCAAUAAUUAAAUGAAAUUUUAAUUUUAAAGAGUUUUAUAUAUUUUGUAUGUUUUUGUCUGAAUUUAAAAUAUUUAAGAUUUAAAAAGAUAUUAUAUGUAUAUAAUAAUUAUUAAUUGAUAUAUAAGACAAUAAUUUAUUACUUAAAUCGUAAUUAUUAUUUUUUCAA